CUCUUCUUAUUGUGCAAAGAGGCUACACAAUGAGCCCUCCUUGCCCAGCCUCGGAAUGCGCCCAUAUGUGGGGACCAUCUUUGAUAUGUUCAUUGAAGGAUACAUCCUUGCAUAGUUCUCUGCGGCAACCUGCAUUUGAUCUCAUCAAUAUUCUCAUAGUUUCUGACGCUUCUGCCUUGAUUUCCUUCAAACUGAAGUAUGAGUCCACCUCAAAGGGUGAUGCAAGAAGCUCUGUCAUAUUCAUCGACGAUGAUGAUGAAUUGCCUUUUGUUGAUGAUACUGUGGAAAAGGAGUAUGGUUGUUGGAAUGAUUUCAGUGUCCUGAACAAGUUGACGUUCCAGGGAUGCAAGGAUUGGACAUGUGUCCCUUUAUUAUGGUAUCUUGUGAUGGUUCAGUUGGAACCCUCUAAACUGCCUAUAGCUUUUUCGAAAGCAGUGUUUUGGGCUCUAUCUCAUAUUUCUGUUUUAGAGCCCGGGUUAGCUAUGGAGUCCUCAGUGCCUGUGAAUGAUUGGUUAUCGUCCCAUGCUGGAGAAAUCUCUUCAACAUUUUCAUGGCAAGUUCCAAAUGGUGCUGAUGAUGGUGGUGGUGGGAAGGAUUGCAUCAAUACUCUCAAGGUGUCAAAAUUUGGUACCCUGCUAAUGAGAAUAUUUAAAAGAUUUGCAAUUCAUGUCAUCAUGCAAAUUGAGCAAUGUGGUCUUCAAAAGCAAUGGACAUGGGAACCAAUGAUGUCAGAAAGCUUGAUUUUGGCACUAGUAGAUCACAAUGAUAGUGUACGGCAAGCUGGGAGGGCUGUCAUGGAACAUGUAUCCCAAGCUCGGGGUUUGACCUCUGGACUUCAAUUUCUGUGCUCGAGUGCAUCUUCACUGUCUGCUGUUUUCGUGGGUUUAAGAUAUGCAGUGCAACUGGUUCAAAGGCAGUCACUUUUGGCAGAUUUUCAUAGUCUACAUCACUUGUUUUUUGUCAUAUGUAAAUUAGUAAAGGAGGAUAUUGCUCAACAGCCUUCAGUUCAACAGCCAGCAAAACCUUCUGAAGGUGGUUUCUUGCGUCAACCAUUUUCAAAUUUACCAGUAACCCCAUCAGUACAUGCUGUAGACAUUAUUUCCUGGGAGAAAUUCAGCACUUUGCUUUCUGUAACUCUCUGGCCUUUUAUUUCCACUUGCCUGAGAAAGGGAGAAGAGCUAAUAAAUACCAAACAAUGUCAGAUAUCCUGCGUUCGAGUGCUUGAGUUGCUUCCCCUAGUCUAUGAGAGAGUCAAUUCAUAUUGCACUCAACCAUUCAGUAUGACGACAAUGGUUCCCGACCCUAAUGACAUAACAUGGCUUUUUCACUUGAUUAACUGGGGGAAAUCAUCUCUGCUUGUGAUCAGCAGACACUGGAAACAGUGCAUGCUAUCUUUGUUUAAAAUACUAAAGGAUUCACAUAGUGGCACCAUUCAACGCUACAUUGAAGAUCUUAGUGAUAUCGUUUCACAUGAUGUAAUUGAUAUGGAUGAUCUUAGAGGGAGAAUUUCAAAUCUUAAUCUUGCGGUGUUCAAGGCUCCCACAGAAGCUGAAAGGAGGGUUGCAAUCAGUCUACAAACCCCCACUAAUUCUAGUGCUAGUAUCCCUUCUCUGAUUGGUCACACAGAUUUCAAGAGACAUACUGGCCGUGACAAUCUUGAGGUCAUGAAGCCCUCUCAUGGGUCAGACGUUGAACACAUAAUUGUCCUUUCAGACAGCGAAGACAAUUUGCCUACAAGUGAUGUGAUUGGUGAGGAGGUUUUAUCGUCAGUAAAGGAGAAUGACAGAUUCACGGCUUCAGAACUGUUGAAAAAUCCUUCUGAACAAAGAAUGCCAUUUGAAGAUAGACAUGUGUCUUCAAAACAUCAGAUACAUAGUGAUAUUAGUGCCUCCUCUAGACCUGUAUUGAUGGAAAACAGAAGCACACUUGCUGCCUCAAAAGGGUUAGGUGGAACAAAGAUGCCAAAUGUUCCAGUCAAUACAAAUAAUGCUUCCCUUUUACCAAAUAAGAAAUCAUCUGUUAGUGCCACUUCUCAACCAUCGCGUCCGAAUCCCUCAUCGAGUACAUGCAAGUUUAAGUCAAUUUUCAGAGAUAUAUCUGAUGAUGAAGAUGACCCCUUGGAGCAUGCGCUUGAUAAUUACAGAAGGCCACAAAUUCGUGUAACAAAGUCUACCAUAGUACUUCCUAAAAGGCAAGUAGUUCAACUUCAGUUACCUGCGGAAAGGAGACAGGCGUAUGGCAGACCGGAUACUAAUAUUCGACGAUUUAACCCUCCUAAAUUGGACAGCUGGUUUAAGAAUAUCUUGGAAAUGGAUUACUUUGCUGUUGUUGGGCUAUCAUCUUCUGAGAUAAAGAAACCUGCUUUAAAAGAAAUACCUGUAUGCUUUGAUUCACAAGCUCAGUAUGUUGAGAUUUUCCAGCCACUUGUUAUAGAGGAGUUCAAAGCUCAGUUGCAGAAUGCUUAUGUAGAAACCCCUGCUGAAGAUAUGACAUGCGGUUCUAUAUCUAUACUCUCAGUUGAAAGAGUUGAUGAAUUUCUUGUUGUUCGUGGCCGUGCUGAGAACACAGCAUCUGUCAAAUCUAAAGGGUGUACAGAGAAUGAUUUGAUACUGCUUACCAAGGAUCCAUUGAAAAGCACGGGACAGCAGGUGCAUGUGCUUGGAAAGGUGGAUCGGCGUGAGUUUGAUAAAAACAAGGCAUUAAUUAUUGUAAUAAAGUUCUUUCUCUCUAAUGAUAAUCCACGUCUAAAUAAAGUGAGACGCGUUCUUGUUGAAAGAAGUAAAUGGUUCUUGAAUCGGGUUAUGAGCAUGACUCCUCAAAUCCGAGAGUUCAGCGCUCUCUCAUCAUUAAGUGAUAUCCCAGUGCUUCCAGUAAUUUUGAAUCCUGUUUCACGUGCUGCAACCAAUCAUGAAUGUGGAAAAGUGUACCUGGACAAACUUACACGCCCCAUGCAGAAAGUAUUGAAGUCAUCAUACAAUGAAAGCCAGCUCCAAGCUGUAAGUAUUGCCAUUGGAUCAACAGGCUCUAAAACAAAAUGUGAUCUGUCUCUUAUUCAGGGCCCUCCAGGUACGGGUAAAACCAAAACCAUUGUCGCGAUAGUGAGUGCAUUGCUUUCUGUACAUGCCGACAACUCUUACAACUUACCAAGAAAUGAAUCCCUAGCUAGUGCUGAGUUUACCAAGCCAAGAACAAAGAUUAGUCAAACUGCUGCAAUAGCUAGAGCUUGGCAGGAUGCUGCCCUUGCUAAACAACAGAUAAAUGAUUCGCAGAGAGAAAACCCUAGGAUAGAACGGCUCUCAAAAGGAAGCCUUUCAAGAGGAAGGGCUCUAGUAUGUGCGCAGUCAAAUGCGGCAGUUGAUGAACUUUUGUCAAGACUUAGUGAUGGAUUGUAUGAUGCUGAAGGAAAGCUGUAUAGGCCAUAUAUAGUGAGGGUCGGUAAUGCAAAGACAGUUCAUUCUAAUUCAAUCCCUUACUUUAUUGACACACUUGUUGAGCAAAGGUUGUCAGAUGAGUUAAUGGCCAAGAAUGAAGCCAACAUUUCAUCUGAUGCCGAAUCGUCUGGCUCACUUAGGGCUAGAUUGGAGAAGGUUGUAGACAAAAUUAGAUAUUAUGAGUCAAGGCGAAAACUAGUUGAGGGUGAUGAAACAGAAAACUGCUCUUCUGUGCCCGAUGAAGAUGAGGCGGAUGAAGUUUCUGACGAAGCAAUUGGUGCAAAGCUCAAUAUCUUAUAUACACAGAAAAGGGCAGUUUCGGCAGAACUUGCCACUGCACAUGCACGUGAAAAAAAAAUAGCUGAUGAAAACAAGUCUCUUAAGCACAAGGUAAGGAAGUCAAUUCUCGGAGAAGCAGAAAUUGUUGUGACAACACUCAGUGGGUGCGGAGGUGAUAUUUAUGGAGUUUGCUCGGAAACUGCUUCAGCUAAAAGAUAUGGGAAUUUCUCUGAGCAAGCUUUGUUUGAUGUUGUUGUUAUUGAUGAAGCUGCACAGGCUCUUGAGCCUGCAACUUUGAUUCCACUUCAGUUACUCAAGUCGAAAGGAACCAAGUGCAUAAUGGUUGGUGACCCAAAGCAGCUACCUGCUACUGUGAUGUCUGGAUUGGCUAGCAAGUUUCUUUAUGAGUGCAGCAUGUUUGAACGCCUUCAAAGAGCUGGUUACCCAGUUAUUAUGCUCACUAAACAGUACCGGAUGCACCCUGACAUUAGCAGAUUCCCAUCCUUGCAUUUCUAUGAAAAUAAAUUGCUCGAUGGUGCUCAAAAGGCUGAAAAAUCUGCUCCGUUCCAUAAUCACAGUUGUCUUGGUCCAUACAUGUUCUUUGAUAUUACUGAUGGUCGUGAGCGUGGUGGAACAAACGCUGCUGCACAAUCACUCUGUAAUCAGUUUGAAGCUGAUGCAGCUCUUGAAAUACUGUCAUAUUUAAAGAACAGGUAUCCAGCAGAAUUCUCCUGUAGAAAGAUAGGGAUCAUAACUCCAUACAGGAGUCAACUCUCCUUGCUGCGUUCGAGGUUCACUUCUUUCUUUGGGCCUGAGAUUGUUGCUGAGAUGGAAAUCAAUACCGUGGAUGGAUUUCAAGGUCGGGAAGUUGACAUCUUGCUGUUGUCAACUGUUAGAGCGUCCAACUCCUCAGGUGAUAGACAUCACACUGGUGAAGCUCGUAGCAUUGGGUUUGUUGCAGAUGUUAGGCGUAUGAAUGUUGCGCUAACACGCGCCAGAUUCUCUCUAUGGAUAGUUGGAAAUGCAAGAACAUUGCAGACCAAUUCACAUUGGGCUUCCUUAAUACAGAAUGCUAAAGAACGGAAUAUGUUCAUCUCAGUUCAGAGGCCCUAUGGUCUGAUCUUUGAAAAAGUCCACGGUACCACUCAUAGCUACCAUAAUAGUCACCUUCAGCAGCAGAAGGAAAAUGAAAAGGCUGGUACAGCAAACUCACAGGCAUUCCAUGCACAACAACGUAAAGAACAUGUGGGACAUGCUGACAGGACUACAGAAAAGGAAGGUAAAUAUUUACGCGAGGAUCAUUCAAAACGAGCAUCACGCUGGGAUCGAAAGAAUCCUAAAGCUCAAAACUCCACCAUGCGAAAAUCCAGCCAAGAUAAUGAACCGGCAAUGCAGAGUGAAGAUAUGAAAGCUACAAAGGGUUCAUUGAAACAAGAUAGUGGUCAGGACUCAGUGAUGAGAAAGCAAGGAGUAGAAAAGAAGUCGCUUGCUAAAAGGUUGGCAGCAGAGGAUCCUCAUGAUGGUUCUGAUGUCAGAUGGCAAAGGGAAUCACAUAAGCAUGUUAAGGAGACUGUUGGUAUGGAAACUGAUAAGGCCUUAUUUAAGCAAGGUGCACCUGAGAAUUCCAAGGUGAAAGUACAUAAUAAAGACAAAAAGAUCAUCAACCAAAGCAGUGAUAUGGGAACCAUCAAGGGUUCAUCAAAACAUGAUUCCAACUUUAAAUCAGUGGCCAAGAAGGAUGGUGAUUCUCCAUCAGCACACCAGGAUAUGCAGAAGUUGAUACAAAAGGCUAAAGGAACAAGGAAGUUUUCUGAAAAACCAAGACUCGGUAAUUCAAAUCAAGAGAAUUCCUUGGUUAAACAUGAUACACUUUCGGAAUUAGCGAGUAAGAACAGUGGUACCUGUCCACCAACAAUCCCUGAUAUGAAAAAAAUGACUACUAAGGUCAAAGGGACAAGGAAGUUUACGGAGCAACCAAGAGCUGGGAACUCUAAUCAAGUUGACCCCUCAGUUACAUCACAUUUUGAUGAAGCAGGUAGCCAUAUACGGGAUCUUACAAAAAGCCAAGCUCCGAACCUCACUGUAACUAGUCAAAAUCAUCAAAUUGCUGCAAGGAAGCGUCAAAGGGAGGAUGUUGAAUCUUUACUUUCUUCAGCUCUUAUAUCAUCAAAUAAGCCUUCCUCAAAGUGUCCUAAGAAGAAACAAAAAUGAGA